AUGUCUCCAAUUCCCAACACCGACAUGCCUCAACCAGGCAACGAAGAAUCUACCAGAACCAACGGAGACUCUCCCACAACUAACGGAGCCACCAUGAAUUGCAGCACAAUGCCACAGCAACAGGAACCCUCCAACGGCAAUUCCACGGGCCCCUCAAUCCCCAUUGCCAUUGUUGGCAUGGCUUGCCGCUUCAGUGGAAACGUCAGGAAUCCUCACCAGCUGUGGGAACUCUGCGCGAAUGGAAAGGAUGGCUGGUCUCUCAUCCCAGAUUCGCGCUUUGAUGUGAAGUCGUUGUAUCAUCCUGAUAAUGCAAAGGCUGGCAGAAUAUGUUUCCUCUCCUAUGGCAUGCCCGCAAAGCAGGAAAGCCACGUUAUUGGUGGCUACUUUCUGGACGAUGAUAUCGCUUGUUUUGAUGCCGCCUUCUUCAAUUUGGCAUCAGAUGUUGCCCAUAAGCUGACCCGCUUAGCUGGUAUCCCUCUGGAUAAGCUCGCUGGCACCAAUACAUCGGUCUAUACCGGAACAUUCAACAAAGAUUACCAUGAAAUCGAAACCAAAGAUGCCGAGUGUUUGACCCGCUCCUUCCUCGCCGGUACAGGUACCGCAAUGCUGUCCAAUCGUGUCUCGCACUUCUUUGAUUUGCAAGGACCAAGUCUGUCCAUCGACACAGGUUGUUCGGCGGGUAUGGUGGCAGUCCACCAAGCGUGCCAAAGCAUUCGCACUGGGGAGAGUGACAUCUCAAUUGUCGGUGCUUCUAGUACACUCCUUAGUCAAGAUGCUUUCAUUUCGGCAUCCACUAUUGGUGCCAUUGGUUCCAAAGGCAAAUGCUUCGCCUGGGACAAUCGUGCUGCCGGCUACGGCCGUGGUGAGGGUGUAGCGGCAGUUAUCCUCAAACCUCUGGAUGCCGCGCUGCUCGCUGGUGACCAAAUUCAUGCCGUCAUCAAGGACAGCGGAGUCAACCAAGACGGGAAGACGACCACAAUUACCUCCCCAUCUGCCGACGCCCAGGUCAAACUGAUUGAGCAAUGCUACCGUCGUGCAGGGCUUGAUAUCUCUCAAACUGGCUACGUGGAGGCUCACAUGACCGGCACAGCAGCUGGAGAUCCCGUUGAGGCCGAAGCAAUUGCGAGAACCUUUGGAAAGUCUCGCCAAGGGGAUGACAAGGUAUCGGUUGGCUCUGUGAAGACAAAUGUUGGCCACACCGAGCCUGUCAGUGGUCUUGCAGCCCUCAUCAAGACUAUAUUUGCGUUAAAAACAGCGUCGAUCCCACCGAACCUCAACUAUGAGACUCCGAACCCAAGCAUUGACCAUGAUGCGGGCCAUUUGGAGGUGCCGACACAGUUAAAGCCAUGGCCGGAAGACAAGAUCCUUCGCGCUUCAAUCAACAACUUUGGUUACGGUGGAACGAACGCCCACGUCAUCUUGGAGUCUGCGCCAACUCCAGCAGAGAUUUAUCACUUGAAUGGACACGCAACACCUCAAGGAAAUCAAUCGGGUGAUGACUCACGCGUUUUCAUGGUCAGCGCGAAGGACUCUGCUGCCUGUCGGACCAUGAUGGACCGUCUUGCUUCUCAUAUUAUUGAGACGUCACCAUCGACAGUAGCUAUAGUUGUCCUUUCAUGGCUAGAUACAGCGUGUCACUAUUUUUAA